AUGUGCUUGCACGCUCUUGGCAGCUGGCUCCAAAGCCAUCUGGAUGGCUCCGCUAUGUGGCACUACUUUGGACGGCAUGGACACUCCAGCGGACCUACAGUACGACUCAUUCGGGUCCUAGCCAUGAACCACCCCACAGGAGCCAAACGCGCCGUGUACAACGACGGUCUUGAUCACGGCACGCCUCGUUUCGUCACGACGGAGCGUGGCCCUGGCUACUUGCCACUCACGAACCAGACCAUCUCCACGCCAUUGGGUUACAUCCCCAAGUCAACUCAACGUAUGCGUACUGGGACAACUCGUACGGCAUGCAAACACAAAGUCCAGCUCAGUAUCAGCGAAUCCACAUGUGCCGCCAAGACCGUUGGGUACCCGCUGGACUACACUGAGCAUAAACACAAACUAUCUCGCAUUGCCUUGCAACGAUGCGACACAUCCGCGUGUGCCGUCAAGACCAUGGGGGCGUUGGCCGAACAGAGUACGGAUUCUACGGCGAAUACUCGGACUAUCCUUCGAAACCAGGCUACGGCGCAGUUCCGAGGCGUUGAUCAUCGGCAACAAGAACCACCAUGUGUGGAUCUUCCACGUCCUCACUGA